CACCGUUGGGAAAGCUCCUGCAUUUCGUUGUUCCGUGUCGCGCUGUACUGUUUCCGGUUGCCGUUGCCCAGGUUGUCGUCUGGAUCGUCUUCGUUUGCUACCGUAGUUCGAUAUUGCCGUUCAACCGUCAUCGUCGUCGUCUUCGUCGUCGCCGUUGUCGUUCGUUUCUGAAGAAGAAACUAUCCCAGACCCAGUGUGUGAGGUGCCAUUGUGUCCGGCAGUUGUGCAAUCGGAUUUUACAUAUACACGCUUUGUGCUCCGCUACUGUGUGACGGUUAACAGUCAGAAAGUUAGCCACGUUUUUCUGUCGGAUUAGUCGGAGUGCUUCCAAGUUGGUGGCUGAGAGCGCGGUAUUUGUUUCGUAAGCUCAGCUCGGAAACAGCGGCGAACAGAAGACAACCACCCCCACCACCACCAAGUUUGUUUAGAUUCGGAUUCGGAGCACACUAGCAGCAAAAGCCCGUGAACGAUGGCCGCCAUUUCGGAGUUCCGCAAGAAGAAGCUGCUGUAUGUGUUCCAUGUGUUUUUCGAUAUAAACCAGAGUGGUGAAAUCGACCGCAAGGAUUUUGAGCUGGCAAUCAAUAAAAUUUGCAACCUUCGCGGUUGGCCGGCGGGCCACGCCAAGAACAAGGAAACCCAUGACGCGAUGUUCAAAAUAUGGGACGGUCUGCGGACAAAAGCCGACGAGGAUAAUGACGGUCAGGUCUCGGUUGACGAAUGGUGCAACAUGUGGGAAGCGUACGCCAAGAAUCCGAAUGCCGUCCUUGACUGGCAAGUGAGAUAUAUGAACUUUAUGUUCGACUUGGAAGAUGCUUCCAACGAUGGCACCAUUGAUUCGGAGGAGUUUUCCAGUGUUUACUCGAGCUACGGCGUCGACAAGCAGGAGUGCCUCGAGGCGUUCAAGAAGAUGUCAAAGGGCGCCGGUGAGGUAAACCGGGACCAAUUUGCCAUUCUGUGGCGCGAGUACUUCUCUUCGGAUGAACCGUCCGCUUCGGGAAAUUUCAUCUUCGGCAAGAUUGCGUUCUAACUGGCUGGUUCGGAGGCCUCGCGCGUUUGCUCGCUUCGCCGGUUGGAUGCUGCUAGUGCUGGUGGUGCCGCUGCCACCCACCGCUUGCUCAUCAUCGAUCGAUCACAGAACAACGAACAACAACUAUAACAACAACAACGCAACAAGCGAACAAAUGGCCGCGAUUCUCACACGCACCUUCAAUUUUCUAUGUAGAGUAGACAGAAUCCGAUAGAAACAAUCCAAUGGGGAAACCGCUUCCCGUUUCCUGCCAAUUUCCAGAGAAAUUUUUAGAUUUAUCAAAGAGUAUAACGUAGUAGCCUGUCGGUAGUUGUUUCGGUCUAAGUUUUUCUAGUAUUCAGUCAUCCUGAGUCAGCCCAUAAGAGAACCGGUAAGAAUAAGAGGAACGACACUUUUACUCCAAAGCUGACUCAAUUUCGCACGACUAAUACUAAUGCUUGUUUUUUGUUGGCUUUUCAUGAAAUUUUACUAUCAUAAUCGACAGACAUAGAGAAUAUCAUCGCUAAAAUCAAAAUAAAAGAAACCUUAAAUAAAUCGUGUGUGAUGGUA